CCGAUUGUCGAUGCAGAGGAGGGCGGCGAGGAACCCCCCAGGAGACAAAGGCCUGAUAAAGACCAGCACCUACAUCGUGCCCUGCUUCCUCUUUGUCGAGCUCGUCAUCAUGGCAGGGACCGUACUGUUGGCGUACUACUUUGAAUACACGGACACUUUCCCGGUCCACGUCCAAGGAUUUUUUUGCUUCGACAAAUCCUACUCGAAGCCGUACCCCGGACCCGAGGACAACAGCAGAGCGCCGCCGGUGUUGGUUUACUCCUUGGUGACGGCCAUCCCCACUGUGACCAUCCUGAUCGGGGAGGUGACCAGCUUCUUUGUGAAGUCGGACGGAGCUCAGGAGAAGACCAUCGUGACCGCCGACUGCUGUUACUUUAACCCUCUGCUGCGGCGGAUCGUGCGUUUUCUAGGUGUUUACUCUUUUGGCCUUUUCACCACCACCAUCUUUGCAAACGCGGGUCAGGUGGUCACCGGAAACCAAACCCCGCACUUCCUGACCACCUGCAGGCCGAACUACACGGCUCUGGGCUGUCAGUCUCCUCUGCAGUACAUCAGCGAGCGACGGGCGUGCACCGGAAACCCCUACCUGGUGGCAUCCGCACGCAAGUCCUUCCCCUCCAAAGACGCGGCGCUCAGCUUCUACUCGGCCAUUUACACAGUAAUGUACGUGACCCUGGCUUUUCGGACCAAAGGGACGCGUCUGUCAAAGCCGACGCUGUGUUUGGUGCUGCUGUCGCUCGCUGUUCUCGUGGGGGUCGUGAGGGUCACUGAACACAGAAACCACUGGAACGACGUCCUGGCUGGAUUUAUAACCGGAGGAGCCAUAGCAGCAUUUUUGGUGUCGUGCGUGAUCAACUACUUUAAGCAGACUCAGACGCCGUCACAAGCCACACCAGCUCCCCAGAGACCAGGACCCCCCACCGGGAUCCCCCUCCUCAGCCUGCCCCGUGUGGAGAGUCCACUCGAAAAGUUAAGUGGCCUCCAGGCUCCAGGGUUACCGUAUUCUGAGAUCACAUGACCCUCAGCCAAACCCGAGCCCCGCCCCCCCCGACGUUCUUCUUCCCUCAAGACGUUGCCUCACCAGCGCAGUCUAGACCUGCCCCUCGAGUGCCCCCACCCGUGCCCCGCCCACCCGGAAGGACGACACCCGCUCCGACGAGUCAAGUCCACGAUGGUGUGAUGCUGCGGGUUUUUUUGUUGUUUUUUUUUUUGUUCCCUCCCCGAAACACGAAACGAAACCGAACUGUGAAACUUAAGGAUACAAACGCGGCGCCUCCGGGUGAAGCCAGAAACCGAAGUUACGAAGCAAUACUGUGUCUCUUUAUAGUUCUUUUCUACUAAGACUCGGCUUUGAAAUAUAUUUAAGAUGGUGACGACUUGUUAAAACUCUGAAAUCUUUACGGAGCUGAGCCGAACCAAACCCUGCGGCUCAUCUCUCAAAACGACUCAGGACACUCGAUCCAAACAGACCCUCGUUUUAUCGAAGCGUCGCUGGAGAUGACGGGACUGUUCCGUGAAAACAAAAGGCUCUUUCAUAAACGGAGAGACUGCACUUUGGUAGAUUAAAGCACAGGUGACGCGGCGGAGAAGCUGUAAACUAUUUCAGAUGUGGGUCGAAUCUUUCGCUUUGGUGUAAAUCGAUUCGAGUAUUUAUGUUUAGAGAGAGAGAGACGACGGUUCCACGUUUUUUUGUUUGUGGCACAGGUUCGUUCGCUGCUAAAGUGAAACACGCCAGGUUUGUAUCGACUCGACGACGAAACUUUAAACUCAGAUAUUAUAAAUGUCUCUGUCCUUGUCCUGUUGAGAAAAAACGCAGUUCAUUUAUCGCACUGUCCCGAGCGCAGCGGUGGAAGGAGUACGCAGGUUUAGUACUACGAGUAAAAGUACAGAUACUGGAGCGAAAAAUACGCAAGUACAAGUAAAAGUGUCGCGAGAAAAAGCGACUGAAGGAAAAGUAUUAAAGUACAUGUUUAAAAAUGGACUUAAAGUGGAAAAAGUCAAAGUAUUUCACACAACAAAAACAAUUAAAUCCAAUUAAAUCCAUAUUUUAUUAUAUUAUUAUUGUUUUUAUUUGUUAUUUUAUUUUAAAUUACGAACGUGUUAAAUUAAACCCUCAGACUUUUCUGCAGGUCUCAAACUAUAAUAAAAAAUACUUUUACUUUUCAGUCCUGUUCAAAAACGUAGUAGAGCAGAAAGUACAGAUACUGCUCUCAAAUGUACUGAAGUAAAAGUAAAAAAGUAUCCACAUUAAAGAUCUACUUAAAAUGAAUACUUACGUGCAGUACUUUGCUACUUUUACUCGCCGUUCCACCACUGCCCGAGCGUAGUUUCCUGUUUUAGAAUGCGUUUUAUAAAAUAUACCGAACAUUUUUACUUUUACUUUUAUCCAAAUGAAGUUGUAUCAUAAAAUCUGCCUUUAGUUUGAUUUAUUCUCGACGUAACCGGCCUCUCAUUCUCUUCUUUCAGUUUCAGUUGGAGGCGGGGCUUUGUAUAGUGUACAUUUUACAGGUUUCUUUACAUAAAUAUAUUCACAGUACAAUGAGUCUUGUACAUGAAACAUAUAC